AUGGCUCCUAACCUAGAGCUAGUAGAAAGGCUAAUACGCGAAGGUGCAGAUCCAGAUGCAGAAAACGCACAAGUUGAGCUCGGGCUAGGGGUCGGCAUCAAGAAGCCUAGGAAAUGGCGAUCGAGAGUCGAAGAAACGUUUCUUGCAGAUCUUCGCGCAACUACAGGAAUCGAAUAUGCUGUCUCCCCAGGUGAGACCAACCGGGCGGACAGCAGGCACUCGACUGCGUUCCCUGAGUCCCGCUCGGAAACGAUUCGUGCUGAUAGAGAAUCAUUCAAGGGAUUACUAGAGAAUUUCUCAAGCUCUGACCAGAACUUUAUGGCAAAGUCGCCUUGCGGAGCCAAUGCUGAAUUUGAGGAUGUGGGCGAUACGGAAAAUCUUGCCACUGGAGCAAACCACGCAGUCAAAUUAGUCCGCCGCAGUCGUUUCAAGGACUCUGGGGAGAUUGAUCACGCAGUUCAGAACAUUGACGACGACACCGCUUGGGACGUCGAGAUAAUCACUGCGAUAGAAAGUACAAACACUCGACGAGCGAAGCGAGUAACCAAGCGACAAGAUGAAGAUCGCACAGCUCAGAAAAUACGAAAAGGAACUGUUGGUCACGAAGCUGAUGAAAGGGCUAGUCGAGAUGUCCAACAAGCCAAACAGACUGAGAGACAUCGCGUAGUGAAACGGGGAUCAGGAGAGACUUAUAACCUCAUCCGAGAUGUCGGACAAGCCACAAAGACCGAGAGAGAUCACGUAGCGAAAGAGAAAAACAAGAAGCGACUCUCGAAUUGUAUCCGAUCAAAAUACGGCUUUGUACUUUGA